CCCAAUUUCUACAUACUCUAGACAUCAAAAUGCAGAGACUCUGUGCUUCGAUCAACCUCCUCGCGUCACAGUUGCUUUCGCUAUCUUCCCCGGAGACUGCCCACGCUCUUAUACAACAACGAGCCGAGUUCUGCCGUGUCCGUCCACCACAUGCUUCUGCGCACGGAACUCUGAGCUUCUCAUAUCCCUCACCCAAUGUCACUCGAGCGACCAUCAAUAACGGACCGGUCAACUUUGUCGACCGCCGCUUCGCAGACGACCUGCUGGAUUUCCUGAUACCGCUGCAGAAUGUCACGGAGUCCACGCCCAAGGUCGUCAUCUUCGACUCCUCCAAUCCCAACUUUUGGCUGGGUCACAUCGACAUGAGGACGCUGGCGACGCCGAUCACGGACGAGAAGAAGCAGCUUGGAGCCGACUACAUCAAGUUUACUCAGCUGUUCCAGAACAUCACCUCGACCAUCUUCAUCGCCGAGAUCGAUGGCCGUGCUUUUGGAGCUGGAAACGAGAUCGCGGCACAAAUGGACAUGCGCUUCGUUGGACCCCGCGCGCGCACCGGCUCCUUCGAAGAGGCACUCGGCCUAGUUGCCGGCGGCGGCGGCCAAACGUACAUGGGCUCCAUCCUGGGCAAGGCCAAGGCCAUGGAGUAUCUGCUCGGGGCCAAGACCUUCACCGGCCCAGCCGGGGAGGCCCUGGGGCUCUACAACAAAUACUACGACGAGUCCGAGACACUGAAGAGUUCCGUCUUGGAGUUGGCACAGCGCAUCGCCCUGUUCCCGCGGGUGGCCUUGAACCAGACCAAGUCCGUGCUCAGCUUUCUGAACCCACCCAACGACGCCUUCCAGUUGGACUUUGAAGCUUUCUACCAGAUAGAGCAAGGCCCAGAGCAGCAAGCCAAUGUGAGGCGCUUCCUCAAACUGAGCGAGGACCAGACGGCAAAUCACUAUGAACUAGGUUUGGGGGAGAGCGUGAUGGCAUUGUACGGCUUAUGGGAUGGCUCCGUGGCAUGAACGAGGGCAGGAGCCAGCAUCUGCGCAGCUCAUGAGUAAGCGCCCAGACUCUGGAGAAAACCGACGGUACGUAGUUGGCUGUUCGAGGAAAAGCUCAUUUCGCGUUAUUAUUAUCACAGCUACUGUAAUAGGGCCUACCGGUGAUAAUCUCGUAAACGAUCUGCCUGGAAUUUGACGAUUUAAGUGUGUACCGUACAGUACAUAAAUACAACGUGACAAGUCCGUAAACCGCACGCAGGGUACGUUUGCCAGGAGGGUCAAGACCCGCAUUCCAGUCCGAACGGCUUGCAGGGAUUGUUCGGCUGGGCUGAUUCAGGAAAUAAUGGCGGGUUUAGAAUGUACAGUAGG